GCUGCUGCUGCUGCGAUCGCGCGGUCUACUCUCCUCAAGUCCAUCGUCACCACGAUUCAACAGCCUCGUUGCAACUGUCGGCUACUGCUACUCUUCAUCAACAAGCCCAUCCUCGCCAUCGCAACCAGUGACUCACAAGCCUUACAAGAACCGCCGCCAAGCAAUGAGCGACAGUAGUACAGCGCCGCAGGAGCAGCCGACCGAGUCCGAGCUGAACGCCGUCGUCGCUGCGCUCGAGGCCGUGCGUGGCCGCAUGAGUGCUGCAGUCGCCAAGCGCGCCGAGAAGGCGGCCUCGUCUGCUUCUGUUUCUACUUCUGCUUCGGAUGAGCACGGUCGUGUGGCCGGCGAGGCGGAUGCAGUCAGGCUGGUCGCCGUCUCCAAAACCAAGCCGAACGCGCUGCUCCAGGCCGCGUAUGGUGCGGGUCAGCGUCACUUUGGUGAAAACUAUGUUCAAGAGCUGGUUGCAAAAGCGUCCGGGCUGCCACGCGAUAUCCAGUGGCACUUUAUUGGUCACUUGCAGUCGAACAAGGCAUCCCAUGUCGCAGCAAUUCCAAAUCUCUUUGUCGUCGAGACAGUCGACAGCGUUAAACUUGCCACUGCACUGGAGAAGGCCUGUGCCAAGCAGACUCGCGAUUCUCCGUUGCGGGUGUUUGUACAAGUCAACACCAGCGGUGAAACCAGCAAAAGCGGAUCGAACGCGGCGGAAGCUAUUGCUGUGGCUCGACACAUUGUGAACGAGUGCCCGCAUUUACGCUUGUGCGGACUGAUGACCAUUGGGCAACCAGGCCGUCAGUGCUCGGAAGCUUCUCCCAAUCCAGACUUUUUGCUUCUCAACGAGAUUCGGCAGCAGACAGCAGAAAGCUUGUCGCUGCGUGCGGCAGACCUGGAACUCAGCUUUGGAAUGUCGGACGACUUUGAGCAUGCCAUUUCUAUGGGCAGCACCAACAUCCGGGUUGGAAGCACGAUCUUUGGCUCGCGCUCCUAUCCCGCCGUGCACCCCGAGUGAAAGCGCGGAAAGGAGUUUCACAGUACUUCAUUUUCUGGCCCACCUUGUGAACAAAGAGUAGCGAUUCGGAACCACGAAAUAAUAAACCCUUCAUUGUGUGAUCAUCGAACA